AAAUCAAAUUUUCAUACAUACAUAGGGCAUUGAAGUGCUAAUGCAUACAUUAAUGCAGCACUCAAGAUUAUUUGCAUUGAUAACGGCACAACCGACCGUUGCAUCACAUUAGUCCAACGCCUCUGAAAUGCAGCGUGUAAAAUGGUAUUGAUUAGUUUUUCAUAGGACGUCUAAGGUCUAACUGCAAAAGAUAUACCAAAAAAUACAUACAAACAUCCGCAAACAAAGAUUAUGCCAGUGCUUAAGUGGGGCAUCGCCGCAGCGACUAGCAUAACGCACGACUUCGUCAACGCCUUGUCCACCAUAGAGGACAGCCAGCACACCGUGGUGGCUGUGGCUGAUGUGGAAAUGGCACGUGCGCGCGAGUUCGCCGCACGUCACGAAAUACCAAAGUGCUAUGACGGUUUCGACGCUUUGUCACUGGACGCGGACGUCGAUGUGGUCUUCGGGGGCACAUUGAAUGCCUAUCGCUAUCGUGUUGUGCGGCUAAUGUUGGAGCGUGCCAAGCAUGUGUUGUGUGAGAAGCCGUUAUGUUUGAGUGUGCCACAAGCCGAAGAGCUCUAUCGUGUGGCAAAGGAGCGCAAUGUGUUCCUGAUGGAAGGCAUGUGGUCCCGCUGCUUUCCCAGCUAUGCACGCCUCCAUGAACUGCUGCAGUCCGAUUGUAUUGGCGAGAUAACACACAUACAAGUGCAGCACGGCUGUCAAGCUUAUGUGGAGCGCUCACUGUGCAGUUCCAUCACGCUGGAACUUGGUUUAUAUGCGCUGCAAUUGGGACAGCUCAUCUACGGCUCUGCGCCGGUGCAUGUUAAGUGCAAUGCUCAGCUGAAUAACGUCGGUGCCGAUGUGGAAUGUGAAUUCAUUUUGGAUUAUGGUCAGAAUCGCAAAUUGGCUGCCUGCAUUUCGGCUUUGGAGCACUUGGAAAACUGCGCCAAGUUAUUGGGCAGCAAGGGGGAAAUCAAGCUCAACAACUACUGGUGCUGUACAUCGUUAACGAAACCCAAUAAUGUCAAUGAAAAUUGGCCAUUGCCCACCGCAAAAUAUGAAUUCAACCACACAAACGCCUGUGGCCUGCGCUACGAGGCCGAAGAAGUGCGCCGUUGCAUAGAGAAACGCCUACUCGAAUGCCCAUUAUUUACGCAUGCGCAAAGUCUCGAGUUGCUACAAAUCGUCGAGAAGAUGCGCCGACAAAUCGGUGUUAGCUAUGAUGACAUUAUUUGUUUGAGUUUGUAAGUGAAAGUGCCUUCAAAUUAGUUUUUGAGAUUUUUUUUUGGUCACAAUGCAUUCAGAUAAUUGAUUUCUCAUGAAUUACAAAUAUUAUAUAUAUGUAAGUAGUUGUUGUUGUAGUGAAUAUUUACAGCCUGAGUAGCUAAAUAAAGUGCUUUGUCUGCUCUUGAUGUUUAAA